AUGACUGUGCGACGAGAUACUUCGUCCAUUGUAUCUAGGCCUAGGCCGAUCAUUUUCUAUUUUGGGCACAUCUGUCAGAGCCAUGCUAACCAGGCCAGAUCUAUUUCCAUUGCCUGCUGGGUCGUUGUCUUCUCCCCUCAGAUUAUUGAAAACUUUCGCCGCGGAUCUGCCGAUGGCCUUUCACUACUCUUCCUCAUCGUCUGGUUGGCCGGCGAUGUAUUCAACAUUCUCGGCGCCGUCAUGCAGGGCGUGCUGCCGACCAUGAUCAUUCUGGCUGUCUACUAUACCCUAGCAGACAUAGUAUUGCUAGGACAAUGUUUCUACUACCGAGGCUUCAACCUCAAGGAGGAGUUGUCUCCUUCGCCCACACCCGAGCUCUUAAACUCCGAUGCCGAACAAAACGGCACCGAGAGCCAAACAACACCAACAGAGCGAUCAAGCUUACUGCCCAAGUCAAAUGGAAAUGACAAUCACCAUGGAAGUACAUCUCAGGACCCUCGCGACGGCCCCGUCUCCGAUGGAAGACGACCUUCCGCAAACUCCUACCAUGAUAUCUUCCACUCAUCCGCCCAUCUAUCCCCAGCAACUCCAUUCAUCGAGCCCCCCUCCGACACAGCCCGCAGCCGUGCCCAACGUGCCCGCCGUCGCCGCAUCUCCGCCCUCCAGUCCAUCCUGUUCAACCUCACCGCAGUGGCCCUGGUAUGCGCCGCAGGCGUACUAGGCUGGUACGUCAGCCCAGGCUCAAAGUCUUCCCCAGACCCCGAGCCUCUCACUCUGGAUCUAUUCGGCCAGGUAUUCGGAUACUUCUGCGCAGUGCUGUAUCUGGGAUCGCGUCUGCCGCAGCUUUUGUUGAACUACCGUCGCAAGUCAACGGAUGGAGUCUCUCUGCUCUUUUUCCUCUUUGCUUGCAUAGGAAACUUGACUUAUGUUUUGUCUAUCCUGGCUUACUCCCCUGUUUGCUCUGGUGGUCCCGAAAUCAUGGGUCGCCACCACAAGUGUCGCUCUGGUGAGGCUGCGGCGCUAUAUGGUCGCUAUGUACUAGUGAAUUUGUCGUGGCUGGUUGGUAGUGCUGGUACACUCCUCCUUGAUAUGGCUAUUUUCACGCAGUUCUUCCUUUAUCGGGAUACGAAGGCCGGGGACGAUGAGUGA